GCUUCCAAUUAUAGCAAAUAAUACUAUAUCAAAACAAUUGGAUGCUGGACCGGUUUAGACGUAUUUCUAUUCUAGCCUGGAGUGAGGGGACGGAGUGACGUCCGUGGAACUAUUUGGCCAACAAAUAAGGCAAACUAGUUGGUGGUUAAAUGAAUUAAAUGGAUAAAAUCAAUUUGGAGCAAACGCUGGCUACACUGGUGGCUAAAAAUCAGCAACUGCAGCAGGAGAAUGAUCGCAUGCAGAAUUCAAUGUUUAACUUGUUUAGAGAAAACUCCGAGCUCAAAGCCAGGAUCCAGUGCAAAGACAGCUUGCGCAAGUCGAUGGGAAAGAACGUUUCCCUGCUGUGGCCGAGCAGCUGCAACGAAAGCCAGUUCAGACGCCACCUGAAGCAGAGCGCGUGUGAACAGCGCACCUCCUCUCCCAUCGACAUCCACUCUUUCGUCCUGUCCUACUCCAUGCCCAGAGAUCCCAGCGCCAAAGCCGAGAGCGAGUGUGACGCAGACGGGAGUGGCACAGGUGCGUCUGCUCUCAGCCACCUCUAUAGUCCACCGAACUCCAUGUCUCUUGCAGAGGAACACCGGCUGAUCGGAGAAAUUGCCUACCAGCUGGAUCAGAGAAUUCUGGGUGGCAUCUUCCAAGGCCGCAAAAGGCGCUACGGCUACUCACUAAUCAAUAUCGAGAACAAGAUCAGAGAGGUGAGCACCAACAUCCUGACGGGGGUCGUGGAUAAAGGUUACCAGCUUCACCUGACUGUGCGCUACCAUCACCUGAUGAAGCAGCUGAGCCAGCUCGGCUACAAGACCUCCCUUCAUCCGUCCUUCUCGGAGAUCAUCGUCAACACCUACGGCAUCCUGGUGGAGCAGCGCACCGAAGCCCAGCAGAUAGAGCACAACGACCCGGUCUUCCUCAGGAAGUUCAUCAAGAAGAACGCGCCGGAGAAGUUCCAGAAAGAUCUGAUCAUCCUGCUCAACUGCCUUUGUUUCUUAGCCGAGAAGGAUGGUUUGCCUCUGAUGAUGUGGUAGAGCAGUAAAUAAAGAAUCCUCCAGAACAUUCACAUUAGAUGAGCUACUCACUGGUGACCUUCACUCCGGGGUCAGAUGGUUGGUGGGAUGCUCACAUGAAGGACCGUCCUGUGUCAGGACUGGAUGGAACCCCUCCCGAAGGAGCACUCAAACCCCAAAUAUUCAAACACAUAUGCAGUUUAUUUCAGUUGGAUAUUUACAAAAUAAAUAUCAUGUACGAAGGAUUCUGUCUUCAUUUUCAACGUACAAAAGUUUGAGGCGAAGGCGAAAGGCAGCUUGAGAGGAAACACGCCUCAUGC